AUGUUCAUUAGGAAUACUUUAUUCUCUGAUUUUGUUCUUGAGAAUAAUCCAGUGUCUUAUGAAGAUACAAUAAAAGUCUAUUCCUCCCUUCCUAAGCUGCUUAAGGGUCACAGGGUGCCCCUCCAAGUCUGGCUGCACCCUCUAGAGAAGCUGAGCUCCAAGGCUGCCAAGUUGGUCCAAGGGAUCAGCAUUAGCUUGGUAUGUGAUGCCCAGGACACUCUGGAGAAGUUAUCUGAGUGUGACAAGAAGUGUAAUGACAUGCUAGAGGCACCAUGUCUCUCUGUGUUUUCUGCAACCCAGGAAAAAGUCAGGCUAUUCCAAAUGCUGAAUAAACAGCACAGACAGAUUUUACAAAAGGAAAUAGCCAAGGUGUUACCUCAGAUCCGGAUGGGCGAAGCAAAGGAAAAUGAGCUGGUCAGCAUUUUAACUAGGGAAAGCCAGUCCCCAUUCAGCUCCAGGAGGCUCUCAGAAUUCCUAGAUCAGAAGCUCUGUGAAAUAAAGGUAGUAAAUUCCUACCUCACCCUUUUGAAGGAGGUGAGAGUCAUAGAUGACCAGAAUGAGUUGGAGGAUGUGGUACUAGGCUCUCUCCACCAAUCUGUCUUGAUGUUUGCACUCACCUCCUUGCAGGAGGGACCCUACUUAAGAGAUUGGAAACAGUGGCUUGAGAAUCCAGUUUCAUUCAGUCCUAAAUGUGAACAGAAGACAUAUUAUUCUUGGGUGGAGGACAAAGAGACAAGGAGAAAAACUAUCCAAUUGGCAGAAUCCUUUUCCACGUUUGCCAAGAUCAAUCACUCCACUGGGAAGACUCAGUUCCUUGUGGCAUCUGUCCCAGACCAAGAGGAAAAGGGGGUCUCCAUUUACCUCUAUGCAAAGGGACUUCUGGUCAGCACCAGCUUUGAGCUACCAUUCAAACCUCCCCCUCCCCGGAUUGGUGGAGUCACACAUAACUGUGUAGAGCUAGAAAUGACUCCAGCAUCUGGGAAGAAGGAGGGAAUCAUUGGCUAUCAGGUAGAGUACCAAGUUGUAGGAGAAGAUGAUUGGACUAUCUAUCAUCCUUCUGUCUGGAGAGCCAGAGUUUUCAAAAUGAAUGUACAGCCUAGCACAGAAUAUGUAUUCAGGUUUGCUCAGGUAUGUGAGGUAGAAUGUGGUGAGAACAGUGAUGUGAGUUCUGUUUUGAAGGUACCAUUUUUUACCAGUCCUUCUGGGAAACCAAAAGUUGUUUUGGUGAUGUCACAGUCUGUAAUCCUCCAAUGGCAGGGUACAAGUAUUGUUAAAGCAGGAGCCAAGAUCAAGGAAUAUAGAUUAGAGUAUAGGGAAGAGACUGAGACUGUGGGUGAGGAGGAGGAAGGAGAGUGCCAUGAUUACAGAACCGGAAAUGAUGAGGAGUACUGUACCAUUGAUGGACUAAAACCUCAGUCUGUGUACUGCUUCAAAGUUUCAGCUGUGUAUGAUGGAGGCUGCACAAGUGAGAGCAGUGACAAGAGUGACCCAGUGAAAAUCUGGGCUAAUUUUCCAAAAAAUUCAACUAAUCGAUCCUAA